AUGCAACAUUGGGGUAUUGUACUUGCUAUCAAGGUCAUUUGGGGACCUUUUGCAAACACCAAGCAGCAGUAUAUUUUUUUUUUUAGUAAAGAACUACCUAAUGCACCACCAGUUACAGCUAAAUGUAGAUAUAAUAUGGCUGUUUUAGCAUUUGGAGACAAAGUUCAACCUUUAUCAUUUUAUAAUUCAUUAAAUGCUCAAGACGGGAUUGAAGAAAAUAAUACUGAAAUUAUUGAUGUAAAUUAUACAAAUAAUAUGAUUAAAGUUGUUAUAGAUGAAAAACAACCAGAAUUAAUAACAAAUAAUGUAUUAAAACCUGUACAACAGGACUUUCAAAGCGUUGUAGAUUUAAUGGUUCACAAAAAUGACGAAUUUGGAUCAAAAAAUGAAUCGUUAAAUAUAUUUUUGAAAAAACUUGGAAACGUCAAAACCAAAAACUCUUGGGAUACAUUUUUGUCCACUUGUGGGAAACAGAUUUCUCUUCGUCAUGCUAAUAAAGCUAAAAUACGAGUUCAACCUACAUCAAUAAGUCGACGAAGACCUGGAGUGACUAGAGACAGUAGUAGAUUAGUGGUGGGACGACCAGCAAAAACUGAAAAUUCGAAAAAAAAUAAGCGUAAAAGAAACUUACAACAAAACAUCAAUAAAAAUCAACCAAAUGCAAAAUCACAUUGA